AAUUGUAGGUCUGUAUUCUGUAAGUAUACUUAGCGGUUUUUUGUAAACAAAAAUAUCACUAAACUCUUAGUUUGAAUAUUAUAUUAAAACUAUUGUACUAAUAAAUAAUAAUGAGAAGUUAUACAAACUUACAAUGUUUUUUAACAGUGUUUUUAUUAUGUUUCGUGAAUUUGGGAUACAAUGCACAAACACUAGGAUUAUAUGAAGAUGAUAUUUGCCAUAAAGGCGAAUGGAAAACUUCCAAUUCCAUUUGUCGGAGUAUUGAAAGGUGUCCGGUUGCAAAGGAAGAACUUAAGAAAAAUGUUUUACCUCAACUAUGCUCAUUUAAAGGAUCAACUCCAAUAGUUUGUUGUCCACCGGAAAAUCCAGUUUUGAAAUCAUAUUCUGCCACUGAAAUGUGCAGCGAGUAUUCAGAAUUAAUUUACCGUAGAAUAAAAGACCCAAUAUUAAUGUUAAAUCAGGAAGAUUCUAUUAUUACAUAUUGCAACGAUCCCAAUGGGAUAUUUCCCAACGUUGCAGAUGCUGAACCAUUGGAAUUCCCUCACAUGGUUUUGUUGGGCUAUGGUGAAAAACCAGACAACAAUUCAUGGGCAUGUGGAGGGUCGCUGAUAAGCAAGAGAUUUGUACUAACAGCAGCCAGUUGUGAAAAUUUAGGAAAUAAAGAUGAACCGAGAUUUGCAAAUUGGGCUCGCGUAGGUGAACUAGACUAUCUCUCGGAAACGGACCAUGCCAGUCCUAAAGACUAUAAAAUAAUACAACGCAUAAUACAUCCAAAUUACAAAUCUACUUCGUUGUACCAUGAUAUAGCAUUGUUUCGCUUAGAAAGAGAUGUAGAUUUCUCUCCAUUUGUACGACCUAUUUGUCUGAAUACAAAUAAUAAGUUAAAACCUAGUAAUAGCUACGAAAUGGCUACGGGUUGGGGGAAAACUGACGUAGCUUUACUUCCAAGCUCACAUUUAUUAAAAGUAUCUAUGAACACUAUUUCGGCGGAAGAGUGCAAUAAAAGUUUCUUAAAUAUUAUGGAAAAUAAAAAUGAAAAAUUAGCACAAGGAAUAGUUGACAACUUAAUGUUGUGUGCUGGCAAUUCAGGAGAUGAAAAUGGUAUUUGUGAAACAGGUGGUCCAAUUCAUAUAAAACACAAUAGUUACACGUGUAUGUAUUCACAAAUAGGAAUAACAUCAUUUACAGGGUUAUUUUGUGGAGAAAAACAUUCGCCUACUCUGUAUACACGAGUAUCGAAUUAUAUUUCAUGGAUUGAAGAAAUCGUCUGGACAAAAAUGUAAAACUAAUUUACUAAUAAUAUAAUAAAGCGCAGGUUUAAAUGAAAUUUUAUUAAUCUACAUUUGAAACCAUUUAAUUAUUUUAAUAAAGAAAAUUAAUUUUUAAUUGUUAAUAGCAGAAGUGUGAAUUUGGUUAACCUUUUUAGGUUUAUACUCCAAUAUUAUAUGUGCCUAUAAUAUAAUAUGAUAUAACCUACUUACAAUAUUAUAUAUAUA